CCUCGCAACAGUCCUUCCCCGAGCGAAUUCAACUGCAGACAAAGAUGUGGUUGAUCGGCGCACUGUGCGUGUUGGGCGCUGUCGUUUUGGGUUCAGCUACUAGCUACAGUUUGGAGACGAACAGGGUCGGCCAACCCGAAAUCGUCCAGCCGCUAGGUUUGCCGACAGACGAAGAAAGCUUCAACCGGCUCUCUCCAUUACCCUACUCUAGUGGGACACACCACUUCGUUUCCUCGACUUUUCCAGGAUGGCGGAAUAAACAACCGUCGGGCGUUUCACAUGCAAAAAAAAUCGACUCUCGAGGUUUUCAUGAAAGCGUUUUCGAUGGGAUCGGCGACUAUCUUCCAUCAAGGCCUAGCGAUUAUUUCAAAUAUCUGUACAAGACUGGGGAAGAGAACGGUUAUAGAGGGUUGUACAGAAAGAAGAGGUCUCUUCAGUCGAAGUCUAAAGUCGGCAAAACUGAAAGUAGAAGUGAAGAAUCUGAAAAUGAAAAACAGCUGGAAAAUAGGCAGUCUAACACGGAAAAAAGAAGCCUGGGCGGGAGGUAUGUUCGAGGGAUGGAAAUGGGUUCAUCGGGAUUUCAUGGCGACACUUUUAAUUCUGGUUUUGGUGAUUUUAUGACGAUGAGAAAAAGAAAGGUUGGAGCCUAUAAAGGAAAUGCAGAUUUGACAAGACAAAUAAUGAUGCAGAUCAGAAAGAAGGCGUUGGAUAACCAGGCUGUCCUUGGCGCUACAUAUAAAGGAGGUUUCGGAGAUUUCUACGGGGCAAAAAAAUCCAGCAAGGGUUUGAACCAGCGGGAAUCUGGUUUGAUGAGCUUCGAUGGAGAAACUGGAGAAGAAAACACAAUGAAAAAAAGAAGGCCCGAAAUGGAUUCAAUGGGGUUCCAUGGGGACACUUUUGGCAAUGGUUUCGGAGAAUUUGAUACAAUGAAAAAAAGAAGACCCGAAAUGGAUUCGAUGGGCUUCCAUGGAGACACCUUUGGCAAUGGUUUCGGAGAAUUUGAUACAAUGAAGAAAAGAAGACCGGAAAUGGAUUCAAUGGGUUUCCAUGGGGACACUUUUGGCAACGGUUUCGGAGAAUUUGAUACAAUGAAGAAACGAAGACCAGAAAUGGAUUCAAUGGGCUUCCAUGGGGACACCUUUGGCAACGGCUUCGGAGAAUUUGAUACAAUGAAGAAAAGAAGACCGGAAAUGGAUUCAAUGGGAUUUCAUGGCGAUACGUUUGGAGGUGGUUUUGGCGAAUUCGAGACCAUGAAGAAGAGGAGGCCUGAAAUGGAUUCAAUGGGCUUCCACGGGGACACUUUUGGCAAUGGUUUCGGAGAAUUUGAUACAAUGAAACGUUCACACGAAAAAGAUUACCAUUAAAAUUUAUCUAGAUUUUAUUAUGUAAAUAAUUCCAUCCUCGUAUAUUGUUUAAGUGAUUUUUCUCGAAAUUUAAUAUCAAAAGAAUUAAUCGAUACUUAUUAUAUGGUAUUCGAAAUCUUACAUAUCUGCAUGUAUCGAGAUAUUAUAAAAUAAUAUAAAGUACAAAUGAAGCAUAAAAAGAAAUGAAUGAACUCGUUGUGUUGAAAUUUUUUCAAAUAA